GGGACAGUCAAUCAAUCAAUCAAUCGCCACAGAAGCACCCAAUCGCAGGAGGGGGGUGGCAUUGGACCUGUAUGGCGAGCUGUAUGGGAGCUGUAUGGGGAUGCAAGAGCGAUGGAUGUGCCGGUUUGUUGUCGAGCGGCGGCAGUCGUCUCCAACAGCAACGCACGAGUCAACUCUUCACGCAGAUCAUCAAAGUCGAAUCCCCAUUGCUGCAAUCAUGCAUGCCGCCAACUCCAAGCUUCCCUGUCCCCUCCUUUCUUUUCUUGACAUCUUUCAGUUUGUACCCCCCUCCUCCCCCCCCCUGUCGGUGUUCUCCUCAGAUUGGCUUUGGUCUGCCCAGAUCUCUUGAGUGAGGGCCCCGGAGGUCCGUUCCCGGCCUCGACUUAUAUCGACCGCUUCUCUCCCCCAGCUUCAGUCCCCAACAUCCUCAGCAUCUCGUCAGCUCCCUUGUUCAAUCAACUCUGAACUCAAAUACCAGCCAUCUCUCUCCUCUCGACUCAUCUUCUGUCUCUGUCCUUUCAUACUCUCAAUCCUCGCACCUCUUCGACAUCAAAUAGCCAUCCGGUGACGCACUCGACACAGCUUCCGAAUCGGGAAAUCAUUCAUACUGUGUAAUACAUAUCAACACCACACAACCAACCACAACAACAACAACAUCAAUCAUGUCGAGAAUCGCGGCUCCCGUCACAAAACUCACCAGGUCUUUGAGCACAUCUCCUGCUGUUGCCAAGCCUAGCUUUAUCCUCAAUGCCACCAGCAACGUCAGCAGGACUGAGAGUCUUGAUGCCCGUACCCCUCGCAAGGUUCCCCUGAUGCAAGGCUUCCGCACCUCGGCCCCUACCAACGCCUCCAUCAACCCCUCCUUCUUCGCCAACGGCAUCGACGCCGUCGUCCUUCCCAACCUUGCCGCCACAGAAUCCAGCCAUGCGUCUGCUUUCCACCCCACCUACUUUGACACCAUCCGCGUCCCCCUGCUCCCAGACAACAAGACCCCUCCUCCCCCCACGGUGCAGCGCAUGCCGCUCUUUGAUGAGCUAAAACCCGAGCAGCGCGGCGAGAUGGCCUCUGAGGGUGACGCCGACCUGAUGGCCAGCAAGCCCGCUGUCGCCGUCGUCGCCAACAAGCCCGGCCAGGUGCUCCCCGCCUCGCUCAGCCAGGAGGUUGUCGACUUGGACAACUGGACUGGUGCUGACUGGGUCAGCCUUGGCUUUGUCCGUGACAUUGCGCGCGACGAGGCUAAGGCGCAAGAGGAGCAGGCUGGUAGCCAGGGUAUGAUUAGGGAUCUGUGGAGUGGUAUGGUGGAGGAUGUGUUUGGCGCUCGUGCUAAAGGUGGCUCCAAAGCUUGAUGUUCUCUCUCUCUCUCCACUAAGCGCGAGAAGAUUUCAUGAGUUUUUGAUCACUGGAGCGAGCGGUAAUGGGUUUGACACAUGGACAUGGUUUUUUUUUUUUUUUUUUUUUUUUUUGCAUAUGAGUACCUCUAUGCACACGACAGGAUCUCUUGUUGUUGGGUUUUGGCUGGAGCAGGUGUUUUGGGUCCUUUCAUUGUUUUCUUACUAUCUUCUUUCCUUGUCACGAUAUGGCGGAGACUGGCGACAACGUCUCAGCAGUCUUGUCUGUCUUUUGGAUAGUUAUUACCUACUACUACCCUACGAGCGAAUCACUCGUGGGCUCGCUGACUCGAUAACGAAAUCGAGAAAGGCUAGAGCCUCGAAAUUCAUCAUCAUUUAACAAUCAUUCACACAUUUUCACGUCCGUAAACCGGCAGUGAUACUUACGCAUAUUUUCUCGAUUAUGGCAUUUACCUAUCAUGUUUCCAGCCCGAUGUCAUUUACAUACAUUUCCAUCACACCGUUAACACAGUCUUUUGCUGCUAACAUGUAAUCUUGGCAUAUACACAAAUGUCGACAUUUCUCUUCCGAAUCGCCUCAUUCUACACCAUCUUCACUCGUUCCUGGCAAACCA